UUAUUGUUAGUAUUACAUUUGAACCGGGUGAUGAGUCGUGUACUGUGUGUUUUGUUGUUCUCUGUUCUAGUUUCUCAUGUGGAAUCCUAUAAGUUUUUGGUUAUUUCUCCCGUUUAUGGAUAUAGUCAUAUGAAGUUUAUGGCUAUAAUUGCAAAUCAGUUAGCAGAUGAAGGACAUCAGGUGACGUAUUUUCAACCAUUUGUCAUUGAAGCUUAUCUAGAUCAUAAGCUUCUAAACAACAGCUUGAUUGAUGUUAUAAAUUAUUGGCAUGACGAGGAAGGUCGACGUCACAUUCCUCCGAGCAACGAUCUCCACGAUGCAUGGUACUCGUCAAAAUAUCAAUCGGCACUUUCCGCUGUUUUUGAUAUGCCGCAGUUUUUAGUUUCUGCUUGGGAACAUAUGUGCAGAAAAAUCUUCCAAGAUUCCGAACUGCAUAAAAUUCUCAAAGAUAAAGAUUUCGAUGUCGUGAUUGCAGAAACUUUUGAUUUUUGUGGAUUAUAUCUAGCAGACUAUAUCCAAUCAAAAUCAAUCGUCUCUGUUUUCACCGGAAGUCGUCUCAUAGCUAUCACUGAUCCACUUGGAGAACCUUCCUCUCUUCAUUAUAUACCUGCUCCAAGUAGUGACAACUUUGGUUCAUCUGCAUCAAUUUUCGAUAGAAUUAACGAUUUAUAUCACAAAUACGUGUUUGGCAGCGGUUACUCAAUAAUUUUCGAUUGGCAAUACAAUCAGAUUGCAAGAUUGACUCAUGGAAAAGUUAGACAUUGGAAAAAAAUCCUGAAAGAUGUCACAUAUCAUUUCGCAAAUUCAAAUCCGUACCUUGACUUUGCUGCACCAACAAUUUCCAAAGUUAUUCCAAUUGGAGGAUAUGAUAUGGAUAAAUCAAUUCAAACAAAAAUUCCUGAUGAAUUUGAUUCAAUAUUAAAUGAACGUUCAUUGACUGUUUAUGUAUCAUUUGGAUCAAUGGUAAAGGCAAAGUUUAUGCCUGAGAGUUACAAAGAGGCAAUGCUUCGAAUGUUUACUGCAAAUACACAAAAUAUUACAUUUUUAUGGAAGUAUGAAGAUCCUACUGAUAUAUUUUUCAAGAAUCGUCUUCCGAAAAAUGUGAUACUGAAAGACUGGUUCCCUCAAAGAGCUCUUCUCGCUGACAAACGAGUGAAACUUUUCAUAACUCAUGGAGGUCUUGGAAGCACUAUGGAGCUUGCAUAUGCAGCUAAGCCAGCUAUUGUGAUUCCGCUAAUUGCAGAACAACCGGAUAACGGUAAAAUGUUAGCAAGACACGGAUCAGCGGAAAUCUACUCAAAACACGACAUUCCUCACUGGGAAAAGCUGAAUCGACUCCUUCAAAAGAUGCUCCAGCAUUCUUCCUAUCAAAAAGCUGCUGAUCGUCUUGCUCGAGUUCUUUCUAAUCAACCAAUCAAACCAAGAGAAUUAAUGAUAAAGCAUUCUGAAAUGGCUGCAAUGUUUGGAAAAAUGCCAGAACUAACACCUUCUGUUCAAGAUAUGAGCAUCAUAGAAUUUUACAAUUUAGAUAUAAUUUUCUUGUUUUUAAUUAUUUCAAUUGGUACUUCAGUUUUAUUAUGGAAGUUUUUGUACUUUGUCUUAACUGACUCUGGUAGCUUCAAAUCAAAAGAAGAUUGAUUUUUUAUGGGAUAUAUUUUUUGAAUUGAAAUCAUUGAAAAACGGUUUUCUAUAUGUAAUGUGCAAUUAGUUCAAUAAAGUGUUUUGUACUUUGUA